AUGAGCUUUAUACCAAGGACGACAUUUCCAUAUGAUCGAGUUAUCAAUUGGUUUCCAGGUCAUAUGGCUAAAGGUAUAAGACUCAUAUCUGAAAGGCUUAACUCGGUUGAUCUCGUUGUUGAAGUUCGAGAUGCUCGAAUUCCUUUAUCUUCUGUCAAUCCAAACUUUGAGAAAGUUGUGGGCAAAAGACCAAGGAUGAUUGUUUACAACAAGUCUGAUUUAGCUGAUCCAGCCUCUCUGAAGCCAAUACGCAAGGCUUUUUCUCGUCAUGCACCCUCAACACCAAUCACUUUUACCAGUUGUCUUACGGACAACAAUGUCAAGAGUAUAUUAAAAUAUGCAUCAGAGCUUGCACAGCCUAUACCACAAGUCACUCUCAUGAUCGUUGGUAUGCCUAACGUCGGAAAGUCAUCACUCAUCAACGCACUGAGACGAGUAGGCGUUGGAAAGGGAAAAGCAGCAAUCACAGGAGCUCAACCAGGUGUCACCCGUACGGUGAUCGGCACAGUCAAGGUACUGGAAGAUCCUACAGUUUAUCUUAUCGAUACGCCCGGCGUGAUGGUGCCUCAUAUUGCAGACCCAGUUAGAAGCUUAAAAGUUGCAUUAACAGGUGGUAUCCGUGAUCAUUUGGCAGAUGAGCAAGUCAUGGCAGAUUAUUUACUUUAUAGAUUAAAUGAAUUUCAUGCUCAUGAUUAUGUCAAUUGGUUCAAGCUCGAGCGACCUACAAACGACGUGAAUGAACUCUUGGAAGGCGUUGCACGACGUAUUGGUGCGAUCGUGAAAGGCGGGGAACUAGAUUUGACAAUGGCCGCUAAAUUUUUCCUCAAGCAAUAUAGAACAGGUAAACUAGGCCAAUUUACGCUGGAUGACGUGAGCCCAGAAGCAUUAGAUACGUUCUUUGAAACACAAAAGAUGUACAAGACAAGCACAAGCAACGACCUGAGUAGAAGACAGGAAAAGAAAUUAGCAAAAUUAGAACAAAGAAAGCAGGCAAGGAACGCAACCAAUGAUCAGCACUGA